AUUUAGCUUCUAUGUUUUUCAAUAUUUAACUUACAUAUCCAGUUUGGAUGUUUAUUUGUUCUGAGAAUACAUAUAAAUCAACAUGAAAAACAAUCUUGAAGGUGUUAAUCGUCUAACUGAUGAUGAUUUUAAAACCUACCAUGAAAAUUUGGGAAGUUUUAGUUCCAUUGAUGUGACCAAAUCUCAAAGAUAUGAAGGUUCAAUGUGGGAGUGGAAGGCGUCCUACAGUAUAUAUGGUUUAGAGUGCUGUAUAUUCAAAGUCAAGCCAUUUAAAGAAGUAACCAAAGAUGGCAUAUUGUCUACGAAUGAAGUAUAUUUCGAACUCUUCUGUAGGUUAUCUUACUACAAUUUACAACAUAGCUGCAUUAGUUUUAAAAUACAAAAUGACGAAGCUUUUCUCGCCUCUCCUGAUUGUUGUAUCAAUCUAAAUAGAGAAUUUGAAUAUAGUAAGAAAAAGCUUAAAAAGAGUAUUAUUGGAUCGGAUUAUGUUAUGGAAACACGUGCUUAUCAUUAUAGCAGUGGCACUAUAAGAGGUCUGCUUGUGUUGGAAGAGGUGAGAAAGAUAGGAGAUAAUGAAAAGCCUCGUAAGGUUACUGUGGAAGGCCCUAGUCAUCACCCUAUUGGAGCAUUACAUAACAUGUUUGAACAAGUAAUGAAAACCGAGAUUUGGAAGCCAACUAUGUUAUGUCCUAACUUGUCAAACAUUGAAAGGCAGCUGCUCCGGCGGCAACAACCGGAGAGAGAAGAUGGUGAUGUCGGUUUUCCGCCACCACGAGGUCAUGGUGGUAAGUCCAAGAGAGCAGUUGUUAUAGACAGUGGUGGUUCGGUUAUUGGCAACGGCAAUUGUAAUGUUGUGAUCGGUGAUAUGAUUAUUUAUAAAUAACUAGACUUGUUAUGAUGCUUCACCAUCUUGUAUAUAUAGCACAUAGCUGUAGUAUUGUAUUAAUGUAAGAGAAACAUAUGUCACAUUUUCUAUGUAUAAGGUCAAGUUAGUUAUGAGCUUCUUCCUUGCUAAUAUGCUAUCAGACGCAAAUUGUUUUUUCUUCAAUUCAGAUUUCCUUGAAUAGAUUCUUGCAGCUUCUCUGCAUU